AUGGGAAAAAAACAGAUAUUUGUUACUCCUGAUGAUUUUGACUCAAUGAGAGAUUUCCAAGACGCGGCUGCCUCAGGUAUGACUUUCCGCAGAUCUCGUGUCCUUGACUGUGAAGCCAUUCAAGACCUGACCACAUGUCCGACCACAGUCCAUGCAUGUGUUCUUGCUAUGGACGAUGACACGACUGGUUGGCUUCGUUACAGUGUUCAACCCUUGCCAGAAGACAGCAACAAUACAGAAGGAUGUCCGAGCGCAUACUACGUGAUCCAACCUCUGGCCGAUGAUGGAACACAUUUGACCUCCACGGUCCACUUGAAACAAGAGGAUAAAGAUGGAACGACUAUGACGACGGUGAAAGGUGGUGCAUUUACCCUAAACUCAUUUGGUCCAGAGUUCGAAGCGAUCGAUCCCACUUCGAUCAGAGAUGGCUCUGGUCUCGGAGAGAAUAUUCUAUUUCAAUAUCGUCCCUCUUCUUUCAUCGACUUCUACGAUGACAAUAAUGUAAUUGCUGAUGCGGUCGCCUGUUUGCAGGAUAUACCCAUGCCAAGCAGUUUUAGCCUUGGGGUAGUGGAUUGGACGGUCUGCAGUACCCCUGCAACCACACUUGGCAAUCAAGGUCAAUGGCUUCGUUGCACUGAAAGUAUGACAGUGUGUGCAAUCACCCCGGAGGUAGGAGGUGGGGGUGAAAGAGGACAGGAGAGCCUUGUGGGUGCUGUGGAGGUAAUGGAGAUUUGA